AUGAGACUCUUAGAGAAGAUUAAAAUAAACUCACAACAAAGAUGGAUGGUAUGUUAUAAACUUGGUGGAAAGUAUGAAUGUUCUACGUUAAACCUCAAUAAUAUUGGAACAUUACUACAUCAGCUCUUGAAGGAAAACUUUAUAUCAGAGAUAGAAGCAAAUGCUGCAGGUAUUGUUGAAAUGCACUAUGACUUCUUCUUGACAAACAUAAAGAAUCUUACUGAAAUAAAGAUGUAUGAUUUAACUGAAUAUGAAGGCUUAACGAUGUCAGAUGUUAAGAAAGGAAAGCCACAGAAGCGACCAUAUAGAGAUGAAAGCACACUGACAGAAAGACAGAAAGGAUUAUUGAACAGACUUAAACAAACAGGAGAUAAACAAGAUAUAGAUGACUUCUGGAAUGAAAUCCUUGGUGAAAAGAAGUUUUAUAAGAAGAGAAGCGGUCAGUUCUGGAAGUAUCUUUGCACAUUACCUAUAAAUCUUGAACGCUACCAAAUCUUCAAUGAAUUGAACAAAAGAACUGCAGCACUUAUGACAGAGGACAAUUGUUUCGUUUAUGCUUGCAUUCAGGCUGGAGUAAAUGAAGAAGCUAUUGACCACAUGAGAGAAGUCAUUCGUGUUAGAGACUUUCCUCAAAGUAAAGUACAAGAAAUUUCUGACGCAACAGGUAUAGCAUUUAAUGUUACCAUUGGUUAUUUCGACAACUCCAAAGAUAACAGAAUAAUUCACUACAUACGAAAAGAAUGUGAAACUGCUCGAACUAUUGACUUACUUCUUGUUGAAGACCACUACAUACUAAAUGAAAGAUUACCAAUGACAACAUACUUCAUCAGAAAUUACAGAGAAAUCUUGAAGGAGU